AUGGAGAUCUUAAUCGUGGUCGUUCUCGAGCACUUCAUCCUCGCAUCUAAAAAAUUCAUCGACUUGGCGGUACCUGACGUACCGUAUUGGAUUCGGAUAGAAACUGCUAAACAGGAACACUAUCGUAGAGAAGCGUUUAAGGUGAGCGAAAUAUGCUAA